AUGGCUGGGGAGGCCAAGAGGGGGAUCCGCGGUGUGGGGCAGCCCCACUGCAGGCUGACCCUGCUCCUGCCCCCCCACUGCUCACAGGGAUCCAGCUGCUGCUUAUGGGGCAGCUCCUCCUGCCCAUGGAGCGCCUGGUGCUGUGUUUGGUGCUGCUGGCACAACCCCCCCGUGUGGGGCACCCCCCUGCCCCCCUCCUCCAUCCCGGAGCUGCCGAUGGACAUGGCCCCCGACGCCUUCGACGACCGCUACGAGGGCUGCGAGCGCCGCAUGGAGCUGGAGCUGCCGGAGCUCAACCGCACCGAGUUCAGCACCAACAGUGUCUAUGCCGAGGGCUGGAGCCGAGCGGCGCGGGCCUGGCAGCAGAGCCGUGUGCCACAGCCGCCGGGGCUGAGACCGGAGCACGCGGUCGCGCUCAUGGCCUACACCACGGAGGGCCUCUGUAACCGCGCCUUCAACGCGGCCGUGCGCCAGGCCGGGCGCUCCGGGCACCGCUACCGGCACACGUUCCCAUUCAAGGCACUGCACUUCCUGCUGAGCCAGGCGCUCAGCACCCUGCAGAGCACCCAGCGCCGGUGCCACCGCGCGCUCCGUGGUGUGCGCGGUGUGCGCUUCACCGCACAGCAUGGGCAGCGUGUGCGCUUCGGGCACUUCACAUCCGCAUCACUGAACAACGGCAGCGGGUUCAUCUGCGGCACCUUCGGCUGUGACACCCUCUUCACGGUGCACACGUGCUGGGGAGCUCUCAUCCGGGACUUCUCCCUGUACUCCAUGGAGGAGGAGAUCCUCAUCCCACCCUCUGAGGUCUUCCAGGUCACCAGCGCUGUCCUCACCGGGCACAGGUCCCUGAUCCAGCUCCAAUCCCAGGGCAUCAACAGCACCUACAACUGUGAGCUGCUGAGAGGUAACGGCUCCAGGUCCGCUCUGUGCCCCCUCCCCGACGGCUGCGACGUGAGCUCAGCCCCAGCCCCAGCCCCAGCCCCCGCCGGCAGCAGCGCCCCCUGGGGGCUCCUCCUGGCAGCGCUGGCGGCCGCAGGGCGGCUCUGA